AUGGUCGGGGCCGAUACGGGGACCCUUCGGAUAGGAUCCGAGCGACCCGAGAUGGAACGAUUCGUAGAAUCCAACUUAGUAAACCAGGCCGUGUUCACCUCGACAUACUCCCCCUCUUCUUCUUCUCCGCCAGCUUUGCGGCUUCCGACUCGUACGCCUGACACGGGCUUGGCUCCAGCUCAGGCUAUGCAUGGCCUACAAACUACAUCAAGUUCAAAAGGUUUUAUGAAAGAACAAAGUAACCAGCUUGGCUUAGGUCUUACAAUUAGCUUGCCAGGAAGUCUUGCAGCUCUAUACGUUUCAAUAGAUUCGGGCUGCGCUUUGGAGCUCCAGGAUCGUCGUUGUGGUAAAAGGGAUGACCGCGUACUGAAGCCGCAUCAACGCUUGAUACUUCGUAAACACCCACCACGGUAA